UCAGCAAAUCGGACGUAUAUACGCACUCUUGUUAAGCCAUAAGAAAGCACGUGAAUUUCGUAACAACAUCGCAGAUACUAAAUUGGGAAAAGCAAUUUUUGUUUUUUUGUAUAAAAGAAAAACACUAUCGGAAAAGAGACAUUUAAGUGUGAAAGAAAAAAGUUAAUAUCUGCUUUCUAGUUUUCCGUAAAAAAGCGCUGUAAAUGUAGUUCACUUUAGUGAAAUAAAACAAAAAUUGUAAUAAAUUGUGUUAAAAAUCAGAAAAUUUAAAAUUCCUACAUCCUUCAACACAACGAAAUGGCCUUCGCUUACUAUAUCCCCGACCAGGCUACGCUAUUGCGGCGCGCCAACCUGCAGGAGCAGCAAAUACUACGCGCUCGCCAAGCCUAUUGGCGUUUUGUGCUAACGCUAAUCUGGGAUUUGUUGCAUCAGUAUGUGCAGUAUGAGCGCCAAAGCAUGGGCAGAUGUCGACUACCCAGAUUUCUCCAUUGAAAGACAACACAGCGCACACCUGAGUGUGAGUCAAGUUCAACAAAGAAACGAAAAGCACCAAAAAAUAUAUGCAUACUUGAAACAAUUCGUAUUUAUAUUUAAAUGAAAUAGUUUAAAAUUCGCCUCAGAAUCUUACAAACAAAAAAACAAAUUAGCUGUAAAACACAUUUUUUUUUAUACACGCAAAAAUUCACUACUUCACAUUUCUACAAACUGCAUAUUUCAUCAUGACGAAAAUAAUUUCACCACAAAAGAACCUACCAUCGAAGUAACCAACACCAACUAGCAUUGCACACGUCGUCUGCGAUUUCUUCAACCUGCACGCAGUUCAGCUGGCGUGCGCCAAAAAAAAACCGGCUUUCUCUCACUUAAAACCCUGCGUCAACCGAUUGGAUUAGUCACUCGGUUACAAGCGGAGCAAAACACAAAAAAAAAAAAAAACCAAGCAUAAACUUAUUAAUUUGCGCGUUCAGUAACCGUGCGAAAAAAGAAAUUUACAUUUUUUUGUGUGCCCAAUUUUUUGUCGUCCAAGGUUAACGAAAGCAACAAAUGAAAAUUUUGUUUA